AUGAAUAUUUUAAAUGGUAUGAAUGAUGAAUAUAUGAAAUUACUUUAUGAUUUGAUUACUAAAGCAGGAAAACAUUUAAAAAAAAAUUUACAUAUACAUAUUGAUGAGAAUAUUAAUGAGAACAUUUUUGAAAAUGAAUUUAAAAAAUAUGUUAUUGAUUUUAUUAUAUAUAAAAUGGUCUCUUUUAUAAUGUUACACAAUUAG